CAACUCGCUCCAAUCUGAACUACUCAGGAUCCCCAGCUCACCCCAAACCAGAUGAGGAAACAAUCUCCUCUUCGUUCGAGGCUCUGAUCCGAGUAGAGUAACUGCAAAUCUGAUCUAACGCCACACACAUGAAGCACUUUACCCUGAUUUCACCUUCAGUUUCAGCUCAGAAAACCCACCAAAAUCCACAUCUCCCGUCGAGGUAACUCUCUCUUUCUCUCUCUCUCCAGCAACAGAGUGACAGAGAUAUGCAUAACUCAUACAUUAGCUCAACGGUACUAUCACUUAGGAGUAAAGGGUCUUUCUCAUUUUCAAUCAAUGACUACUCUAACUUACUGAGUGAAAGAUUUGAUACAACCCCGUCAUCCUCAUCUAAUUGUUGUUCAUGCUGCUCUUGUUGUACAUCAUGUGCCACCCAUAAUAAGUUGUAUAUAAACCCUUGCUUUGUGCCUGGGUUGAGGCAAUCCACACUUAUUCAGUGGCGUACUCGUAGAAGAAGGUUGGUCUUGGCUGGUGGGAACGGUUACUUUUAUCGCUUUCCAGUUUAUGAUCUUGAUAGAGAUUAUUACCAGGUAUCUUGUUCUGUUAAGGAGAGCUAUGGUUGUGGAACUACUGACAGAAGGACUGGGAGAUUUAGAUGCAGGGUUUUCGAGGAAAAGAAUGAUGGGUAUCAGUUAGAUUGUGUAGAUGAUGCCGAGGCUGUAAUUAGCUUGUUGAGUGAAGAACUCGGGGAGGAAUGUUUAGGUAGUAGGGAGAGAAGUGAGAUUUCAUAUAAGAAAGUGGAGGUGAAGAAGAGAAGCAAACCCAGAGGCGAAUGUUACCUCAAGAAUAACAAGAGAGCAGAAGUGGAGAGGAGAUUGAAUUCAGGUAAAAGAGGCUAUAGAGGAAAUAGAAAGAGAGUAGAAAUAGGGAGCAAAGAGGAUAAUGGUCAUGAAAAUUAUGAGGGAAAGAAGUUAACUUUUGAGUCAGACUUGUUGGAGAGUGACUCGAGGUGUCAAUAUGGUUCAGUCACAUUGCAAUCGAAAGGGGAGGUUCAUGGCAGGAAUGAAGACAGGGAAGAUUCCUCGAGAGAGGAAGGUCAUCGGGGGAGGAGGAAAAGUUCUAGUUGUUCAUCAUACUAUUCAUUUUCAUCUUUGGAGAACUUUGAAAGUGACACAGAAGUUAAGGAUGAGGAUUUCGGAUUUGUGGAAGAAGUUUCAAGCUCAAUUGAUGACUUAGGAAGUGGUACAGGGGGUCAGUCUGAGGUUCGAGCUCUUGAAGAAUUUAGAAGACAUAGGAGUGAUAAGGCUGCAGGUGAGGAAAUUUUAGAACAGAAGUAUAGUGCAGCAGGAAAUAAUAUUGACCGGGAUUCCCCAAAAAUGUUAGAAAAGAGGCUUAUUGAAGUAACAGUUAGAGAAAAACAAUCUAGAGAGGGAUCUUCAACUAAAGAAGGAAAAAUGUUAAGGACUAGUCAUGAAGGAUAUGUGAAGGCCUCUAGUCCUCAAAAGCAUUUUGGUGUUGAUGAAAAGGAAUCAGUUUUUACUGUGAAUUUGGACCACAGAAGAAAAAAGCAGCAUAUACAGCAGAUCUGUGGUAAUGAUGCUAAAAUGAUCACUCAUUCACAAAAGCGAUUUAGUGGCAGAGAAGAAAAGAUGAUGGGGAGUGGACUCAGAUCUGGGAAAAAGAACCGAGCAUUCAGUUGGCUAUGUUGGCUCAAUGGAGCAGGUAAAGCAACUGAUAGUUUGAGUUUAAUUGAACAAUCGGAAAGUGGAUUUACAUCAGAAGUUACUGGCUCAACUUCUGCCGAGGCAGAAUUUGGUUGGAAUUUAGAUGGAAGUUCUCAUGGCACCAAUUCUGAGAUGGCACCGGAAACAUCGUUAUCUUUACAAGAGAGAAGCAUUCAUGGAUCUUCGCUUAUGAAAGAAGUAUCAGAAGCUGGUAACAUUAUUAUCUCUGGUAGUGGGUCCAGGGAGCAGAUAAAGCAACCUGAUAGUCUGAUUAUAAACGAACAAUUGGGCUCUUUAGGGAAGGAUGGCGAGUUAAAACAAAGGAAGCUUCAGAGGAACAAACAAGUCCUGAGAGAUAGAUUUGAUGAAUGGGAAGAAGCGUACGUACUUGAAACCGAGCAGCGGAAAAAUGAUGAAAUGUUCAUGAGGGAAGCAUUAUUGGAAGCCAAUAAGGCUGCUGAUAUCUGGGAGGUUCCUGUUGGGGCUGUCCUAGUACAAGAGGGGAAGAUUAUUGCUCGUGGUUGUAACCUAGUAGAGGAGUUACGGGACUCAACAGCCCAUGCAGAAAUGAUUUGUAUACGGGAGGCUUCAAAACUACUUAACUCAUGGAGACUUGCGGGUACUACUCUUUAUGUAACACUUGAACCAUGUCCCAUGUGUGCUGGAGCAAUUCUUCAAGCAAGAAUUGACACACUUGUGUGGGGAGCUCCCAACAAGCUUCUUGGAGCUGACGGCAGUUGGAUUAGGCUUUUCCCUGAUGGAGGAAAUGGAUCAGAGUUGAGUGAUAAGCCAGCUGCUCCUGUCCAUCCAUUCCACCCAAAAAUGAAAAUCCGGAGAGGAGUAUUGCCAUCAGAGUGUGCUGAUGUAAUGCAGCAAUUUUUUCAGCUGCGGAGAAGGAAGAAGGAGAAGAAUGCAGAAACAUCGCCCCCACCUUCUUGUCUUCCUAUUAGGGGCCAUCCAUCAAAAGCCCUGGCUAAGAUGCACGAUAUCUUCCACAUCAUGUUUUGUUUAUAAGGGUCUUCAAACCUUGUUUCUUGCUGUUGGUAAAAAUAGGUGCACAAAAGAAAUAUUAAUCAUCAUGGGUUAACACAUUCUUCAAAAGAUCUAUACCUUUAUGAGCAUGAAUAUGAUGUUCGGGAUGGACCAGCUGAAGUAUCUUGUUGGAAAGCCGGCCUUUUCUGAAACCUACAGAGUAUGUCUUAAUUUGAUCAAAUGACACGACUGAGAAUAUAUACCUUCUGCUGUAAAUUGUAAAACCUCCUGGGACUGGAUUGGCUGAAAGUUAUUUAUACCCGUCUAUUCUUUGUUUAUAAGAUUUUGGGGGAAAAUUUAUUACUUCAGCUCAAGCUGUAAUAUUAAAUUCUUCAAUUGCUUCUCCCUUAAAAGAAAGAACUUUUGUUUGGCA